ACAAGGCAGAACUAGAAAGGGCUCAACAGUUCCUGGAGCAGGCAGCCCAACAAAACUUUCCGGAGUACGUCAAGGCGCUCUCGGACAUCCUUUACCAUGGCGCGAACAGUCCCGUGGCCAGGAUGGCGGCCGGCCUCCAGCUCAAGAAUACGCUCACCUCCAAGGACGCCACCGUCAGACAGAUGCACCAGCAGCGCUGGCUGGACUUCACGCAGGACGUCAAGGAGCACGUCAAACGCAAUAUCCUGGCGGCGCUCGGCACCGAGAACAACCGGCCCAGCUCGGCGGCGCAAUGCGUAGCCUACAUCGCCAUCGUAGAGCUGCCGCAGGGCCACUGGGCCGACCUGAUCAGCGUGCUGGUCAACAACGUCAUCGGGCCCGGCUCCACCGAGAUCGUGAAGGAGGCCUCGCUGGAGGCCAUCGGCUACAUAUGCCAGGACAUUGAGGCGGAGGUUUUGGCCUCGCGUAGCAACGAGAUCCUCACUGCGAUCAUCCACGGCAUGAAGCGGGACGAACCCAGCUCGCACGUGCGCCUGGCCGCCACCAACGCGCUGCUCAACUCGCUGGAGUUCACCAAGUCCAACUUCGAGAAGGACGCCGAGCGGCACUACAUCAUGGAGGUGACGUGCGAGGCCACGCAGUCGUCGGACACCCAGAUCCGCGUGGCUGCCCUCCAGUGUCUAGUCAAAAUCAUGACCCACUACUACCAGUACAUGGAGACCUACAUGGGGCCGGCGCUCUUCGCCAUCACGCUGGAGGCGAUGAAGUCGGACGUCGACGAGGUGGCGCUGCAGGGCAUUGAGUUCUGGUCGUCCGUCUGCGACGAGGAGGUGGACCUGGACAUCGAGGCGCAGGAGGCAGCUGACCUGGGCCGGCCGCCCGAACAGACCAGCCGCUUCUACGCCAAGGGCGCGCUGCAGUACCUGACGCCCGUGCUGAUGGAGCGGCUCACCAAGCAGGAGGACGGCGACGACGAGGAGGACUGGAACCCCUCCAAGGCGGCCGGCGUCUCGCUCAUGCUGCUGGCCUCCUGCGUGGAAGACGACAUCGUGCCGCACGUGCUGCCGUUCGUCACGCAACACAUCAAGUCGCCCGACUGGAAGUUCCGCGACGGCGCGCUCAUGGCCUUCGGCUCCAUUCUGGAGGGUCCGGACGGGGCCAAGCUGAAGCCGCUGGUGGAGCAGGUGAUGCCGAUCUUGAUGGAGCUCAUGAAGGACCCAGUGGUGGCUGUGAAGGACACGGCCGCCUGGACCAUCGGACGCGUCUGCGAGCUGAUCCCGGACGCGGCGCUGAACGAGGCGCACCUGCCGGCGCUGCUGGAGACGCUGGUGGCUGGCCUUCAGGCCGAGCCGCGCGUCGCCACCAACGUGUGCUGGGCCAUCUCGGCGCUGUCGGAGCGCGCCUACGAGUCGGCACAGAGCCUGGGCGACGACGAUGGCGCCGACCCAGAGACCUACUGGCUCUCAAAGUACUUCGAGGGGCUGGUGGAGCGUCUGCUGGAGACUACGGGCCGCGCCGACGGCAACCAGAGCAACCUGCGUAGCUCGGCCUAUGAGGCUCUGAUGGAGAUGAUGAAGAACUCACCGAAGGACUGCUACGCCACCGUGCAGAAGACGGUGGUGGUGAUCCUGGAGCGACUCCAGCACGUCCUCCACAUGGAGAACCACAUCCACAACAACAGCGACCGGGCGCAGUACAACGACCUGCAGUCGCUGCUGUGCGCCACGCUCAGCAGCGUGCUGAGGAAGGUCACGCCCGAGGACGCGCCGCGCAUCUCGGACCAGAUCAUGACGGCCCUGCUGCAGAUGUUCUCCAACCCGCGCGUGGGCAGCGUGCAAGAGGACGCCUUGAACGCCGUCUCGACUCUGGCCGAGGUGCUGGGUGAGCAGUUCAUCAAGUACCUGACCGCCUUCAAGCCGUACCUGCUGAUGGGCCUGCGCAACCACGCCGAGUACCAGGUGUGCUCGGUGGCGGUCGGCCUGGUGGGCGACAUCUGCAGGGCGGUCGGCGCGCGCGUGCUGCCCCACUGCGACGACAUCAUGAACAUCCUGCUGGCCAAUCUGGGGAACCAGUCGGUGCACCGCUCGGUGAAGCCACACAUCCUGACCGUGUUCGGCGACAUCGCGCUGGCCAUCGGCGGCGAGUUCAAGAAGUACCUGGACGUGUCGCUGCAGACGCUGAUGCAGGCGUCGCAGGCCCAGGUGGACAGGUCCGACUACGAGAUGGUCGACUACCUGAAUGAGCUGCGCGAGACGUGCCUGGACGCCUACUCGGGCAUCAUCCAAGGCCUGAAGGGCGACAGUCCGGUGGCCAGCCCGGACGUGCUGCUGCUGCAGCCGCACGUGGCCUACAUCAUCCAGUUCAUCUGCGUGGUGUCCAGCGACCAGGAGCGCUCGGACAGCAGCCUGGGCGCCGCCGCCGGCCUACUCGGCGACCUGCUGUCGGCAUUCGGCAACAGCAUCCUGCCGCUGGUGGACAACGAUGCCGUGCAGGAGAUGCUGGCGCAGGGCCGCCGCUCCAAGACCGCGCGCACCAAGACGCUCGCCACCUGGGCGGCCAAAGAGCUGCGCAAGAUGAAGAGUGCCGCCGCCAACAGCUGAUGGCCGGGCGCCGGCGUCGGGCCCUGGAUAACUAGCGCGAGUGGGGCGAGUGGGUACGGCGCGUGUGUGUGGACUGCUGACCCGACAGCCGGUCUCGGCGGCCGGCGACGAGCGACGGGCGGCCCAGCGGCGCCGCCUCUGUGAUAUGCCAGUGGCGCUAGCGGGCAGCGCGCCGCCGCGACACACCGACCAGCGCCACGGAGCGCGGCGACGCGCCGCGUCAGGGGCGCAGCGCAGCGCUAGACUCGACCCCUUUUGACGGGCCGACCGGGAGGCGCCGUCGCGGUGCCUCCCUGACACGCACCUUGUUGUUUUUGUAUUCGUGUGGGGUGCCGUGGAAAUUGUUUGUUGCUCGUGCCAUUGGCAGCGCGUCCUCAUCUGCGCACCGCUGUGUUCCCACGCUAGACGCAGACCGACGCCGGACGGGACCGUGCGAGAGCGCGCGACAGAACGAGAGCGAGAGCGAGAGAGAGCGCGUGCGUGGGUAGUGCGGAGUGCGCUCGCCCCGGCCACAGGCAGAAUGUGCGAGUACGAGGGACUGACAGUGCGUAUCUGAGUGCGGCGCUGAGCGUGUGGUGGCUCUAAUUUCUUUGUUAUCUUGGUCGGAAUAUUAUCUUGCUCCACUGUCUCUUGGGUUAAUCCUUACUCGUUGCGACUCAUCGAUAAUGUCCUUUCUCUGUGAGGAUCUUCACGGCCUUCCGUUCCUGCCGCGCGCUCAUCCGAUGCCUACCGGUAUUAACGAGUUCGUGGUCAUCACUGGGCCGAAAUCCCGCGUCUAGAAUUGUACGGAGGACAAUUAAUAAAAGUUCCUUUCAGUUGAA